AUACCUAUUGCAGGCAACAGCUGUUGCGCACAGCAUUUUGUUAAGCUAUUUUCUCAAUUCCGACGUUUCCGGGAAACUUAGGGCGCCGAGCGCGUAUCUGAAACUUAAACUUUUGCCAAAACACUAUGACGAGAUCAAGUAUCGAAUUGGGCGACGUGACGCCGCACAACAUAAAACAACUGAAGAAGCUCAAUACCGUUGUUUUCCCCGUGUCAUAUAACGACAAAUUCUAUGUGGAUGUGCUGGAGGCCGGCGAGCUGGCCAAACUAGCCUACUACAACGACAUCGUGGUGGGGGCGGUUUGCUGCCGAAUUGAUUCCACCGAGAACCAGCGACGGCUAUACAUAAUGACCUUAGGCUGCCUUUCGCCAUAUCGACGCCUGGGCAUUGGCACUGUUAUGUUUGAACAUAUACUGAACUAUGCAGAGAACGAUGGAAAUUUCGAUAGCAUUUUUCUGCACGUCCAAAUCAACAACAAUGGUGCCAUUGAGUUCUACAAAAAAUUUGGCUUUGAAAUCGUUGACACCAAAGAGCAGUAUUACAAACGCAUAGAACCGGCGGAUGCGCAUGUGCUCCAGAAGACGUUACGGCGCAAGAAUACUCCACCGAAUAGCCAUCAUCAAAAUCAUCAUCUUACCAAUGGUGCUGUGAAUGAAAAGAAGGAGCGUCGAACUUGAGAAAUAUCAUGCCUUAAUUUUAUAUAACAAAUUAGUUAAAAAUUUGGGGCUAAUUGCAUGAAAUAAAAAAAAAAACAAUGAAA